AUGGCCAAGGACAAGUCUGAGAGAAAGGAGAAGCACGAGAAGAAGGAGAAGCGAUCAGAGAAGGACGGUGUUCACAAGAGCAAGAAGGACAAGAAGGAGAAGAAGGACAAGACUGCCCUUGCCGAUGCAGUACUGAAGGGAAUUGAAGCCGAGGCUCCUUCGACAGCCCCCGUUAACGGCGUUGAGGCGACCACCGAAGUUGAGGCCCGCCCCAUCGGUGCCCUCGUGCCGUUUGCCAGACCUCUACUCGAAGACAAGGCGGCCAAGAAGGCCCUGAAGAGUGUGAAGAAGGCUGCCGUCAACAAGUGUCUCAAGCGUGGUGUGAAGGAGGUUGUUAAGGCCCUCAGGAAGUCGCCCAUUCCCGCCCCUAACGAAACCGUCGCCAUUCCCAACGGAGUCGUCAUCCUUGCUGCCGAUAUCUCACCAAUGGACGUCAUCUCUCACAUUCCUGUCCUCUGCGAGGACCACGGUAUCCCAUACGUCUUCGUAACAUCCCGAGCGGAGCUCGGUAACGCUGCUGCCACGAAGCGUCCCACAAGUGUCACGAUGGUUGUUCCCAAGUCUGCAGCCAAGGGCAAGAAGAAGGGCGCCGAUGACGACGAUGAGGAUUUCAGCAAGGUCUUCGAGGAGCUCGCCAAGCUUGCCCAGAAGGAGCUCACGCAGGUGAACCUAUAA